GGAAGUGAGGUUAUGUUCAGAAUAUUUAUCUUGCAAAAAAAAACGCGAAAAUUUGCACGAGAGUUGCAGUGUGGCUUCAAGAAUCAAAUGUAAAUUGCCUAUUUUCAUCUCGUUCCGCACCACUUGAAUGUACUAAUGUGAUCAAAUUAGCAAAAAAGUGAUUAAUUUGUGUUUGUUAAGGGUGUUGAUUGUAAAUCAAGAGUUUGGUUACUCAGUCAUUCAGUCGCAAUGCUGCCGAGCAAGGGAACUGGUGCUCAAAAUUUGAAUUCACCGACGGAGAUGGGUUUAGUAGGCAACAGUUCCACUCCUCAGAGUCCGGACGACAUUCGACCAUACGAUGGUGGAGGACAGGAAAAGGUACAGAUGAAGAAGCAACUGGGUCUCCUCGAAGGAUGCGCCAUUAUCCUGGGUAUCAUAAUAGGAUCAGGUGUCUUUGUAUCACCUAAGGGUGUAAUUCAGGAGGUAAAUGCCGUGGGUACAUCCCUGUUGAUCUGGGUGGUAUGUGGACUUCUCUCAAUGAUUGGUGCUCUGUGUUAUGCUGAACUGGGAACACUAAUUCCAAAGUCGGGAGGUGACUAUGCGUAUAUCCUUGAAGCAUUUGGCCCACUUCCCGCUUUCCUCUACCUCUGGGAUGCUACUUUUAUAUUUGUACCUACGACAAAUGCCAUCAUGAGCAUGACUUUUGCCAGCUACGUCCUCCAACCAUUUUUCAACAGUGAUUGCCAACCUCCCGGAUUGUCUAUCCAAUUGCUGGCUGCUGUGACAAUCUGCUUGCUCACUUUUAUAAAUUGCUACGAUAUUAAGUCUACCACGAAGCUCCAGAAUGUUAUUAUGUUCGCAAAAAUUGGAGCUCUCGUCAUCAUUGUGAUUGUUGGGCUGGUGUGGAUGUGCAUGGGAAAUGUGGAAAAUUUUGAAAAUCCAUUUGAUGACACAGAAACAGAUCCAGGAAAACUCUCCGUGGCCUUCUACUCAGGAAUCUUUUCAUAUGCCGGCUGGAACUAUCUCAAUUUCAUGACUGAAGAACUCCGUGAUCCUUACAAAAAUCUCCCCAGGGCCAUUUUUAUCUCCCUUCCUCUCGUCACGGUCAUCUACGUCCUGGCUAAUAUGGCCUAUUUAGCUGUACUGACACCAGAGGAAUUGAUCGCCUCAAAUGCAAUCGCUGUGACUUUUGGAAAUAAGAUCAUGGGGUACAUGGCCUGGAUUAUUCCCCUAAUGGUAGCUAUAUCUUCAUUUGGUGGUCUCAGUGUUCACAUUAUGACAUCAUCGAGGAUGUGCUUUGUUGGAGCCCGAAAUGGUCAUAUGCCGGCUAUUUUAUCUCAUAUCAACGUGAACAAGUUUUCACCGACACCGUCUCUUGUUUUUCUGUGUAUCCUGUCCUUAAUAAUGCUCUCCAUCAGCGAUGUUUAUGUCUUGAUAACGUACUGCAGUAUUGUGGAGUCCUCUUUUAUUAUGCUAUCGGUUGGUGCUGUUCUCUACUUUCGCUACAAAUAUCCGAAAAAAGAGCGACCAAUCAAAGUUUCACUUUGGAUACCAAUCGUAUUCUGCCUCAUAUGCGCCUUUCUCAUCGUUGUACCGUGUUAUGUGGCACCGUAUGAAGUGGUUAUGGGAAUUUUAAUCACCAUCACAGGAAUUCCAUUCUACUAUGUGGGCGUUGUAUGGGAAAAUAAGCCACAGUGGCUUAUGAAGACCAUUGUAGCUGGUACACAUAUUUGUCAGAAGCUUUUUAUGUCAUCAAUUGAAGAGAAAGAGGACUAAGGGUUAUUAAUAUCACACGAAAUCAAGAUAACUUUUAGUUUUAUAACUGAGAAGUAGACCUUCGUAAAAAUCUCUAGCAGUGUGUGACUGAUAAGUAGAAUCUCAUUUCUUACCCUUUUUUUUUACAUAAAAUAAAGGAUUGUUUUUUUUUGCUCUUUAAAAUGUUUAAUUUGUACUUAAAAGCCUCAGAGGUAUCCUUUUUAUUUUAUUAAUUGUUCGAAAAAAAAGUAGUAUAAUAUAAUUGCUUUAUUUAUAGAAGUAUCGUAUUUACGUAUGCAUAUGCAAAGUCGUUUUUUUAUAUAAAAUAAUUUGAAAAAAAAAGAAUUCUCAUUUACUCUUUUUUUCUUAAUUGUAUUUUAUUAGUAGAUUUAAGUUUAUUUUUAUUCCAUAAUUUUGUUGAAUAUUUUCAUGACAAACAAUGUGUCUGGAAAGCCCAGUGUAACAAAACGAAAUCAGAUAAUUCUUGCACAAUGACAAAUUCAAUUCUAUUAUCCAUCCCUAUAAAUUGUGCAUGCUUUAAAUAUAUCUAUAUGUAAAAUUUAUAUUGAGACUCUUUUCGAAAGUUUUAAGAAAAAUUGCUGUAGUUGGUAGUUUGUCAAUUUUGAAAAAUGGCGUGUACGUAUCAGUGGAAAAUAUUGAAAAUUAAUAGAGAUGAUGGCAAAAGGGACGAAUAAAAGCUACAUAUUGAUUUAUACAAUUGAUUUGAAUUUCAGAAUAUAUACGAAAUAGAAUGCUGAA